AUGUCCCUGUUCUCCUUGUCCGGCAAGACUGCUCUAAUCACCGGCGGCACCCGAGGAAUCGGACAAGCAAUCACCCUCGGGCUCGCUGAGCACGGCGCAGACAUAAUCCUCGUACAGCGCUCAACAAAAAUCUCUGACACCCAACCGGCCGUAGAACGGCUCGGUAGGCGCUGUGAGGUGGUGCAAUGUGAUCUUGCCGACCGCGAACAAGUUGAAGGACUGAUCAGCAAAGUUGUCGUCACUCAAUCAGUCGACAUCCUCGUCAACUGCGCCGCAAUUCAACACCGCAGUCCGGCGGUGGACUACGAUACACUCCAUUAUGAAGCGGUAAUGCAAACCAACUUGACAACUCCAUUCGUUCUCUGUCGCGAUAUUGCCCGCCACUGGAUUUCGCAGGGGAAGCGCGGUAAAAUUAUCAAUGUGGCCAGCGUGGGCAGCUUCCAGGGCGGUAUCAACGUUUCGGGGUACGCGGGAAGCAAGGGGGGCUUGCUGCAGUUGACCCGUGCGUUCAGUAAUGAGUGGGCUGGGAAGGGAAUCAAUGUAAAUGCCAUCGCUCCAGGGUACAUCGAAACCGAUAUGACCGCUGAUACCCUGACGGAGCCACACCAUGCAGCCUAUCGUGAGUCUAUUAUACCACGAAUCCCUGUGGGCAGGUGGGGAAAGCCGGAGGAUAUGAAGGGGGUAGCAGUUUUUCUGGCUAGCCAGGCUAGUAAUUAUGUUAGUGGGGAGGCGAUCGUGGUUGAUGGGGGUUGGUUGGCACGCUGA